AUGGCUCAUGGCGCUUGGCAGCAGCAAGCGGCUAAGGGCUUCCCCGCGGCGACAGCUCUUACCCGGCUGCACCCCAGACCGAAACGAUGCACGUUCCGACUUCCUACUUCUUUGACUCAUACUCAUACUCAUACUCAUAGUCCCACUCCCACUCACACUCACACUCAUCAAACCAACAAAAACAACAACAAAAACAACCCCAACCCCAAUCCCAACAUGACCCUCCAAAUCAUCAUCAUCGGCGCAGGCCUCAUCGGCCCCCGGCACGCCGAAUCCGUCCUCUCCAACCCCUCGACGAACCUACUCGCGCUCAUCGACCCCUCGCCCAGCGCAGCCCCCAUCGCGACCUCCCUGAACACGCUAUACUUCCCCUCGCUCUCUGCCCUCCUCACCACCCCCAACACGCCGCACCCGGACGCCGCGAUCGUCUGCACGCCCAACCACACGCACGUCUCGAUCGCCCAAGACCUCCUAUCGCACAACAUCCACAUCCUCCUCGAAAAGCCCAUCAGCGACAACAUCCCCUCGGCCCUGUCCCUGCUCAAAACCGCCACCCAACCCCAACACUCGCACCUGAAACUCCUCAUCGGCCACCACCGACGCUUCAACGCCUACAUGCUCAAAACCAAGGAAAUCAUCACCUCGGGCUCCCUGGGCCCCCUCAUCGCCAUCAACGGCCUCUGGACGCUCCAGAAACCCCCCUCCUACUUCGCCCCGGACUGGCGGCGCGCCGCCUCCUCCGGCGGCGUCCUCAGCAUCAACCUCAUCCACGACAUCGACCUCCUGCACGACCUCUUCGGGCCCAUCACGCGCGUCUUCGCCGAAAAGACACCCCCGCAGCGUCCUGCCACGGACGCGUCCCAUACCGCCGAGGAAGGCGCCGCGAUCACCCUGCGGUUUGCGUCCGGGCUCGUCGGCACGUUCCUCGUCUGCGAUGCCACGCCCUCCCCGCAUAACUUUGAAGCCGGGACGGGCGAGAAUCCCUUGAUUUGGGAAGCGGGGAAGAAGCGCGACGCGGACUUUUAUCGGAUUUUUGGGGCCAGGGCGUCGUUGUCGGUGCCGGAUAUGAGACGGUGGAGUUAUGAUGGUUGUGAUGGUGAGGAGGGGGUUGGGGGGAUGGAGAAGGAGAAGGGGUGGGGGAUGCCGUUGCGCACGGAGGAGUUUGAGGUGCAGAAGGGAACGCCGUUUGAUUUGCAGCUGCAGCAUUUCGUCGAGGUUAUUGCGGGUAGGGAGGAGCCGAGGUGUACGGGUGUGGAGGGGUUGAGGGCCCUGGUUGUUGUGCAGGCGGUUAAGACGGCGUUGGAGGAGGGGAGGGCCGUGGAGGUUAGGGAUGUGGAGGCUGUGCUGGCUGAGAGUGAGUGAGUAGGGUGUUGACUUGGUUGGUUGGUUGGUUGGUUGAUUGAUUGGUGAUUUACUGUUUACUAUGUCGGGAGAUGAG